CCACGUGGGUUAGCACAUGGUAUCGCUGGCCAUCCCAAAACUUUACAAAAAUGAAAAGAAAAAAGGAAGAAAGUACCCAGGGUGGUGAUAAACAAGUUCCUCAGAAAAAGAAGAAGGAGGAGUUCACUGAGACGGAAUUCAGAGUACUGAUCAAAGACCCUAAUUCAAGGUUUUCUGUUUUAGAGAAGUUCUUGAAGUAUGCGGUGGAAUUCCCAAAGGAGCAGCAAUAUGAUAUUGUGGCUGCGUACUGCAAAUCAUCUGGGGAGUGUGCAGAGAUCUUCCAGCUCAUGGAAGAAGGCCGGAGAAAACCUCCAGAGCUGUGUCUCAUCUUCAAUGUCCUGGAGCACAUUCUGACAAGAAUUGCCACAGACUUGACGCGGUACAAGGUCGUAGCUGAAAACAUCAUCAAGAAGGUCUUGGCAAGUUUCAUGAACAAUGUCUACUUCUUGUUGUCGAAGUUCAACAAGUCUAACCAGAUGAAAGCAUCCCUGAAACUGCUGUCUGCGAUGGUGAUUCAGGGUGAGAGGGCGGCAAGGGACGUGUUUCUGCAGAUGAAUUUCAAUCAUUUGAAUAUCCGUCCCCUGCUUAGUAGAAAGGAUACCAAGGAUCCAGAUGAUGUGCGAACAUGCCUGAUCUAUUUCUACAUGUCCUUCCUUCUCCACGGUGACAACUCACUGGUGCGAUCAUUUGUCAGCACAAAGGGGAUUCUUCAGAGUAUCUUCAGUGGGAUGAUGUAUGACAAACCUGCUGUGGUUGAAUUCAUCUUGGAGACCCUCCUGUCAAAGGUGAUAGAGAAUCCAGUGAUCAACAAGACGGUGAAGAUCAGACUCUUUGACGAGUCGUCACUCAAGUUGCUCAUCCAACUCUACUAUUGGAAAGGACCGUACAAGUUCAACUACGGGAAGAAGAAAGACAAGGUGGAUCCUAUGGACACACAGGCAGAGCCAAGGGAGACGGACAGUGAUGAUCUUGCCCUUGUUAGAGAGAACAUUCAUAAGCUGCUACUGGAGCUGUGUUGCUCCUUCAAGAACGGAAUCAACUUUUAUGACAAGACACUUGGAACCUCUGGAAAAAACCAGAACCAUGUGCUAACGGCCUUCCUCACCAGCAUCAAGAAGCCUUAUAAUAAUCCCAAGGUCAAGGAACUCGUCAUCGAGAUUCUCAAGACGUGCCCCGAUCAACUCAACAAGUAUUUCACAUCACUGCAGGAUCAUUUUCUGCCCAGAUUGUCGCCCUCGUGGGUAGCAUGCAUGACCUUCAUGACCGAGAUAUAUGAGAAUCAAUCAGAUGUCCCGCCAUCUUUAAAAACCGGUGAUAUUCCUUGUCCCAAGCUUGUACAGAUGGCACGAGUUACUGUCAUCCCGCCAGCAAUCAUUAUGAACUUCAUCAGCCAGGCAGCCAAGAAAAGAUCCAGCCCGGUUGUGCGACACAUGGCCCUGAAGUUUGUCAGCUUGGUGUUGGGGAAGGUUCAGAGAGUCGUUGAGUACUUUGAGAGCAAGGAGUGCAGUAGUACCUCAGAGGUCAGGAGUGAGUUUUUACAACUCUUUCAAGAAGUUAUUCAAAAGCAUCUACCAGAUUUCAAGUCCAUCUCGAGUUGUUGGGAUUUCUUGCUGCGUGACCAGACGGUUGAUGAGAUGGAUGUAGAGGAAGCGGGAGAGACUCAUGAAUCAGCACCUUCAGAUAUAGAGAUGGUAGAGCUUCAGACCACAGUCAUCCAAACCCUAGCCUCCUACAGGAAGACUUUCUCCCAUUCUACACAUGAGCACUUCAUCAACUUGAGCUCCUUCCUUGACGGGGUGAAGAAAGCCAGUGGUGAUGAGAAGGACCAAGCGAAGCUCUCCAAGCUCUAUUUGAGCGUUCUUAGUCUUCUGGCUAACUCGGAUACAAGGAUGAUUCCGUGGAAUAAAGUGAAUGACCAGGGUGAGUCCUUCGUCUACCUUGUCCUCGAGAUGCUCUUCACAACUGCUUAUGAUCAAGAUUUAGCCACUGCGACCAAAGAUCAAGUCGUGAAGCUCCUGGUUGGCACGGGGCUAUUUGACCACAUUGAAGACGAGAUAAUCAUCUGGCUGAACCAUCUGAUCAGCAGCGAGGAAAACGUUCGACCGGCAAUCUUGAAGUAUUUGGAGAAAGUUUUUACGACUUUGUUGACGACGCCGCAGGCUUAUACUGAUCAGGUGGCUAAAGUUGUCCAGGAGGCACAGCAAGUGGAGAGUGUUCUGGAUGAGGCUGCUGGUGGUGGUGAUGCUGCUCAGGCAUUGAUACAGUCAAUAUUAAGUCGAGACGAAAUGCCCUUGGACAAGUAUGAGCCAAUGGAGAAUGAAGAAGAUGAUAGCUGGGAUGAUUCAACCGUCUUUGCUUCAAGGAUCCCGUUCAGUCCUCUGGUCCCUGUCUCCUUGCGAGUCCUUGAAAAGUUUGAAGAAUCCAAAACAGUGGUCUGUGCAUAUUUACACAAUGUCCUAAUGGAGAUCUUACACGGCCAAGUAAACCCUAAACCUUUCCACCUGAUGUUGGAGCAGCGCGGUUCUCACUUUGAAGACCAGACUUUCAAGGAAUAUGCAAACUCCUUCAUUGGAGAACGAGAGCCACAGUCGCCAAAAUCUUCAGAAAAAGCCACCAGAAAGAAACUUCUGAAGGAAGAUAACCCCUGCGCCAUUUUGAAAACAUGUUGGCUGAAACGCCCCAAUCUUUUCCAAGAUGACGACAUAAAUUCCCAUGUUGUUGAGAUGACAGGAAAGUUGACCUCGCACAAACAAGUUGCUGUUGUUAAACAGAUUCUCCUCUACGUGCAUGCUGUGGUGACAACAGCCAAAAUGGAAAGUGAGCAGGCCAAGGAGAUGACAGAGGGUCUACUAUGGCUACUGACAGACGUCAUUGACAGUGCGAGAAUAACGUCGGGAGAAGAAGGCGUCAAUGAACCAAUGACUCCAAUAGCGGACGACGCCUCAGAAAAGACUGAACAAGUUGAUUUGAGUCACCAGAUGAUCCAGUUGGUUCUAAAGUAUCCAACUGUCGCAGACAAUUUUCUUGUUCCAGCAGAAAACUGUUGUGUCCCGUUAAAUCUUUCACAUUGUAUCACAAAUAACUUGGGAAGUAUACUUCUCUACGCCUUAGACGCAGAUAAGGAUGAAUCCAUGUGUGUACCUUACUUGGACAAAUUACAACAGAUGCUUUUCCAUGAGAAAAGUGGUUUGUAUCAAAGUGCUGCGUUUGGGAUGGUUGCUAUGCUUGCACCGUACAUGAGCAAUGGAAGACUCGUAACAAUUGUCAAUAAACUUCUAGAGCUCCCUUCAGAAGAUUUGGUCUCUGAGAAAGGCUUACAUGUGGCUGGAGUAACAGUAGUGAAAAUGCUGAACGAAAUCGCAAAAGAAGGAAAAAUUCCUAGGAAUGGGAACUGCCCGAAGGACAUGGAUGGACUAACGUAUCCUGGCAUUCAAAAGGUGUGCCAGAUGUUGUUCCAGCUUCCGUCAGGAUCAGCAAGUGAAAUUCGAGACGUUCGUCAACUCUUGGACGCAUUCAAAAACCUCCUUGACGCUUUUCCUCAUUACACAGCAGUCUUUGACUAUGAGAACUUUGUACAGCUCCUCGAUCUCAGUAGUACCGACAAUCCUGAGGUAGCGGCCACUGUUCUCUCGGUGGUGGAGCUUGUUCUCAAGUACAACGUUACAGGGAAGGCAUACUUGCAAACGUGGAUUGAUAGUGGUGAUAAAAGACUGAAGAAACACAGGUUGCUCUAUGUGCCACUAUUCACAACUUACUUUGGGCUGGUUCAGUCAGAUGGUGUGACACCCUACGUGAAGACAGCUGAUGACCUCUACUGGGAGUUUGGGAUGAAAUCCCUGCUUGAAGAGUCUGAUCAGGCACAGGACAAGUACCUGUCGUAUUUACUUGUGCUGCUGCUGCAGUAUAAAAGUGACCCAGAGAAGCUGGCUGUGACUCAGACAUUGUGUUCUCAACUACAGAGUAAGAAGGCCAUCCCUGUCAGCCUAAUCAGGCUCUUGGAGGCAAUGUUAGGACAGUUAUUCAAGUCGGAUACCAUGACAGAUGAUCAGUCUGAAGAUACUGUUUCUACCAUUCAUACUUGCCUUUCGCUUGUGGGUGGCAUAUUUGCGGUGAAGUCAGACGAGCCAGAGAAUCAAGCUGUGGUGAUCAGUUUCAUCAAGACUGUUACAGGAUACCUAAAACGGAUGGACAAGGAGUCUCUCACUUUGAAGAAACUUUCCUCAGCUCUGCAGCCGAACUGGGCAAAGGUUGUCAAGUCGGGACUAAGGAAUCAUUUUGAAACUCCUGAGGUACAUCAACUCCUGGCGUUCCUCACUGACCACAUGUACGGCGUUGAGGAUGAUGAAGGACUGGACCCCACACCGAACACCUUACUGGAGAUGAUAAUGUCCCACUCCAAGUUCCUCCCGCUGAUGUUGGGUGAAGUUGAAAAACAAGCAGUCAAAGGUGCUAUAGUGGACCUCCUACACGCUGUGAUAUCCAAGAACCCAAGUUGUUGUCAGCAGUCACACGCCUCCAUUCUUCUUGCUGCAUAUGGUGCCACCUUAUCAGACACCGACAGAAAAUUGCUACAGUUGCUUCAUAUCUAUGAAAGUUCUGGAAUCGACAUGUCACUAUACAGGCCUUACAUGUGGGGACCUAAAUCUGUGGAACACCUCUCGGUGAAGAAGGACCUGGGACCCUCCCUGUGGAAGCACGCCACAAUGCAACAAGUUGUGGAGAUGCUGGAUGAGAGGAAAGUGAUGAGGUCUGCACUGAAGUUUCCACUGAGAAGAAAACUGAUGCCCUCCCCUGAUCGCUCGGAAGAACUGGAUCCGAUUUCUGACUGUUACGACCCAUGUUUCCUCCUGCCACUGUUUAGCUAUCUUCUGAGACCAGAUGCUCUCGUUAACUGCCAUAUCUUCAUCGAGAGGAAUUGUUUCGGUUACUCGCUAGCGGCUCUCAGUAGCCACGACCCCCACAUGAGAGGCGCAGCGUACCACGUCCUUGCCAGGUUCCACCAACAGCUAGAGGGGUCGAGGCUCUUGGGAAAGGAACAUGUCAUAUACCUGUUGGAUUGCAUCAGGAACAGCAUGGAGUCGCCAAAUACUAAACUGGCUUGUAUCAUUGGGGUUUUCCUAGUGAAGGCGGCACAGCUUUUGGUACAUCCAGUGGAUCACAUGUAUGGCAUGAUCCAGUCAUUCCUCUUGCUGAAACCUGCCCUCGACCUCGUCAACAUACCAGAGUUCUACAAGUUGUUCAACAGCUCGGCAAUUGAGUUUAAGAUAGAGCGUCGUUGGGUGCUCUCCCUGAUGGCCGAUGGUCUACGCGAGUCAGCUGACUACAAGAUAUUUGAAAAGAAAUUUGCCUUCAAGCUGCUGCUUAGUUUCCAUGAUUCACCAACAAGUGAUGCUGCUACACAGAGUCUGGUGUUGAAGAUUGUCCAUGAAGGAUGCAAGAUUAAGAAAGUUGCUUAUGACUUGAUAAAGAAUCAGGGAGUUCUCACAUGGCUCAAUGGCGUAAUAUCACACAGGCUUGUAGAAGGCAACAAGAUAGAAAUGGUCACUGACAUUCUCGCAAGUCUGUGGUCCACCAUUGCUGGUGACAGAGACGACAAAAAAGAGAGCAAGUGUCUGCCCCUGGUGUUCCUCAGUGAAAUUCUCUUCACCUUGUUAAAUCUUCUCCAGGACCUUGGGGAAGCAUCGGACAUCGACAUGCUCCAGAAGUAUGUGCUCACAUUGUCAUCAGUCAUCAAGGAGCUACUGGUGACAGAGUCGACUCAUGAAGCCAGUGGUUAUCAGACACUCAAGUUGAAACCAUCACUCAUGCAUCUUUUGAAGAUUGUACAGCUAUCGGCCGUCUGCUCUGGCGAUUCUGAGUUAUCGUCAAGUUUGAAGGUGCUCGAAUCUAAAACAGAGAAGUGUGCUGGUACCGAGAAGACAGGUAUCGAAAAUGUACCAAAAUUAACUGGGAAUGGAAAGGAGGAUUCAUCAGAAUUGACGGAACAUUUUGUACGAAUUGUUACAAGUUGUCCUAUGGAUCUGACAGAAAUGGGCGGUAAUGUGUCCCAAUUUGAACUGGAUCGAAUUGUGCGAAUGGUUAUUCUGAUCCAAGAUUGGCUGCUGAAGUCGCUGUUGAACGUCCCAGUGGAGAGUUGGACCUGCUUGCUUCGGAUGACCCUGCAGUGGUUUGUUGAUGUCCUUGAGAAAGACUGUCCAGUAGUCAAUCAACUGAAGGAAAAACUAAUCCAGGGUAUUGACGCGGGAACAAUCAGGGUGACAGACCAUCUUCUUCCUCUGUUUAGUCAGAUCUCAGCAGUGCAAGUUGGCGACUUGGACAUUUUGCGACUUUCCUCGGAUCAUUUUGCGAGAGUUCACCAUGUUAAGGAAGGUGAUGAGGUGACAAAGCUGAGGUUGCUGUUGUGUAAGGUGUUUCUGCUCCUGACCGACUGGGCUUUGAAGACGGAGGCGGUGACCCCUCGUGUUGUGGAUCUGAAGGAGAGGGCACGGAUGUUCACUGCUGAUCUAACUGAUGCCAAAAUGCUGGGAGAGAGGGAAGGUGCCGCCGAGAGGGGUUCAGCCCUGCUGACAGAGUUGUGGAUGGGUGCUUCUGAGUCAAGAUCUACUGAACCCAAGUCGGUAUUCACAAAAUCUGGCGUCAAGACUCCAAAACCAGUAAAGAGAAGUAGUUCUGAGACGUCACCUUCUGUAACACGGAGUGCUAAAAAGCUGAAGACACCCAAGUCUGCAAAGAAAGCUGUCACUCCUAUUGACAAUAUUAAACAGAUACUGACCCCUGAAAACGUAAGGACCCCAAAACCAUCCAAGUCUGGCAAAAAGACUGCCACUCCUGGUGCUGUUAAACUAGCACGAACUCCUAAGAUAGAAUCAGGUCAGUUGGGAAACUUGAAGACUCCGAAGACACCCGGGUCGGGCAAAAGGCUACCUAGUCUUGCCAAAGUGAUGGUAACUCCUAAUUUGAAACUUAACGAGCUAAAAAAACCUAAAACACCUAAGUCUGCAAAAAGAGCUUAAACACUUCUGAUAAUGAGCAAAUUCUCAUUUUCAGUUUUUUGCCUAAAAUAGCCAUGUUUGUCAAUUACGUCUUCUGGAGGUAUUGAUGCAGUGUUUGCUAGUACCUUGUAACACGUAUGAACAGACAAUUAUUGUUAAUGCCGUUAUCAUUUUAAAGAUUCGAGGAAUGGACAAAUUAUGUCGACUGCAUGUUGUUGUACACUGCACAUCUUGUGUAUUAUCUGAUGAA